AAAGAGAGAGAGAGAGAGAGACGAAGGAAGUUUUGGUCUCGGUGAGAGAUGAGUAUAGGCAGAAGGAGGUGAUCCGGGAGCAGCAAUGCACGUGUUAAUGCGAUGCUUCGCAUUCGUCCUCGUCACCGUCGGCCACGUUGUAACAGAGGCAGUCGCUACGGAAUGUCCAGCCGGCUACUUCCAAUGUCUAACGGUGGAUCAGGAGUGCAUACCCGAGAAAUGGUGGAGGGACGGCCAGUGGGACUGUUCCGACGGGAGUGACGAGGGUUGUCCGCGGUGGUGGUUCGAGUGCAACGAUGGUCAGUGUGUCUACGAGCCGGAGAACCCCAGCGCGCGACCUAGCAUCUACAUGAACUGCGUGAGAGAAUGCGAUGACUACAGCGAUGAAGGCGGUAAGGAGGCAUUUGAAGAGAGCUGCAGGCAUCGAAUGCCAACGGGAGACUCAAGGAGAACUGUUACUACAGCAGCUCAUAUCUGUUCAGAGACGGAGUUCAUAUGUCGCAAUGGAAAAUGCAUAGACAGGUCCUUCUACCACGAUGGUAUAGAUGACUGCGAUGACCGAUAUGACGAACAGUGUUCGAGAUGGGAGUACAGGUGUCCAAGCGGACACUGCAUCAACGCAACAGUCUACUUGUCGGUGGGAUGCACGGAAGACAAGCAAGGGAACACAGACACGGGUGAAGGCUCAUCUGCGGGUACCAGGCCAUUCUUAAACACAAAUACUCUAGCAUAUGCGGCCACAACAGAAAAGGGUAGUGGCGGCAACGUAAGGCCUGACAAUUCACGCACCGACUCACCAGGAAGUGCCAACGCCAGUCAAUCGAACAAAGGAGACACAGGGCGUCAGGGCGGAGACGCUGCUACCAAACCCCGUAGUGGUAACGGCAAUGAAGAUGAAUCACCAGGAAGCAGAGGAUCUAGCCAACCUGGCAGCGCUACACUCAGUAGUAAGCCAGAUGCCAGUGAUGGUAAUAGGGAUGGCCAACAGCACAGCGACAGUAAUGCAGACCGUACUGGCAAUGAUGGUACUGACAGAAGUGACACAACUAAAGAAGGAAACUCUACUGUUACUCGGGCUGGUGACAAUGGGACUAGCCGACCAGACAGAACUGGCACGGGUUCCAGAAAUGGUGGCAGUGGAGCUACAGAUCAGUCCCCGGGCAGCGGUGAUCAACCAGUUGUCGGUGGAACAGCAACGACGGGAGUCGGCAGUUCUAAUCUACCCGGCAGUGAUCUGGAUCAAAAAGGCAGCAAUAAUGCAGGGACAGGCAGUGGUCAAUCAGGCAGUGGAGUUACUGGUCAGCCAGGCAGUGACAAGAACAAACAGUCAGGCAGUGAAAGUAAGGAUCAGUCAGCCAAUAAUAGCAGUGAAGGAACAGGCAGUGGAGGCACUGGUCAAUCUGGCAGUACUAGCACUGGACAACCAGGAACUGACAGUACUGGUCAGCAGCUAGGAAGUAAUAACAGUGGGCAGUCGGGGAAUGGCAGUACGCAACUACCAGGCAGUGACGGGAUAGGACAGAAAGCAAGCAGUAAUGAGAGCCAGCAAGUCAGUAGAAUCCCCGGCAAUGCCACAGCAACUGAUGCUAGUGGAACUGGCACAAACACCAGUGGGCAAGGCAAUGAUACCACCGGACAAGCCGGCAACGGUCGCACUGACGUCGGAAGCACUAACCAGCCUGGCAGUAGUGGUACUGAUCAAGUUGACAAGAGUGCCACUGCUCAGUCAGGUGUUGGCGGUGGUAAUCAGGCUAGCAAAGGGCCUGCCGCUAAUAGCACCGGCCAGCCAAACAACACCACCAGUACUCAGCCGGGCAACAUUGCUUCUACCAAGACUAAUAACGGCGGGACCGGCCAGCAAAGCAACGUUGCGACAACAAUUGUCGGUUCACACAUCCCUCCUGCUAUAGAAUGUGAAGGAAUAGAUUUUGAUGAGCUGCCUAGCCAUCACGCAAAGUCAUGCAAACCCGGCCACCCGGGAGGAUGUGGAUGGGGCACGGGGAUGGUGUGUCAGGCAGUGUCACCUUGGAAGCACGAAUGUCGCUGCCCGGCUGGACAUUGGCUAUCGAAGACCAGCGAGAAGAAAUGUGAAAGAAGCGUUCUGUUCCGAGUUCAGUUCAGGAUGCUACAACUCUGCAAUAAAGAUUUGGAGUACGUGCCCAACAUGGAUGACCCUGAGAGUGAAGACUUUAAGAACGUUCAGAAAUUAACCAUGUUCGGGAUGACAACUUUGAUGGAUCUCACUCCAACUCUACAAGACAAACUUUUAGGAGGAUCGGUUGAUAGAUUUCUGCCUGGGAGUAUCGUAGUACGGGGCAUGGUCAGCUUUCGCACACAUACUAUUCAACGCCAAAGCAGACGACGCCGUCAAACGUCAGGUAGCGUUACUGCCAACGACAUCCAACAGCAGGUAACCGAGGCUCUACAACAGACGGGCGGGUUGCUUGGGGAGAGUCGCCUCAGUGUGGACGAAGGCGGCAUCGUUGUACUCGCCAUCAAUCCAUGCACCAGCAGCGACUUCAAUGAUUGUCACGAGGACGCAACGUGUCAAUACAUGAGCAACUCCCAGUACACGUGUGCCUGUCAUUUUGGCUUCAUCGAUACAUCACCUGAUCGGAACUACCCUGGUCGGAACUGCAGUUUAGCGAUUGCGACGACCAGACAAAUCGUAAGCAGCACUGUGGGUUACCAAACAAGUUCCGCUAAUAUUUCUGGACCGGUUAUUAGCACAAAUUCAGGAAUUACACCUAAAGUCGAGGAAUCUUUAAGGUUUAACUGCAGCGGAAUGAUAUUAGCAGGAAGUUGUGUGUCAACGGGAAUAGGUUCGACCAUCAUUGUCAUCUUAGUUCUCCUAAUACUCAUUCUGCUGCUACUCAUAAUAUUCCUGAUCUACUGGUACCGCAAACGUAGGAGGAACUAUCCCGUGCAGACUAUCCAGCAGCAAGACGCGUGGACAGAAGCCGAAGAUGACGACUACAAGCGUGUGACCAAGUCGCAACAGCGCAUCCUACUACAGGGUCGGUCCAGCGGCUCUAGCGGCGACUCUCUCAUCCGGGAGGAGGUCCUGCAGAACGAGUCUCCGCUACCGAACAGCCUCGUCAGUCCGCGCGAGGUCGCCACCAGCUCGAAGCAGAUCCAGGCGUUCAGCUCGAUCGACUUGCGCAGCGAGAUGCGCGACGCGAGCGACCAGACGUACGCGCACCCGGUGAUGGACAGCGGAGACCAGACGGACGCGAAGCAGGUGAGAGACAGCGAGGACCAGACGUCGCAGGUGCGUCUCGUCAAGGAGAGCGGCGACCAGACGGAGGGAAAGCCGGACGUCGUCGAGACGAAGGACAGCGCCGACCAGACGAGUCGACCCGCGUCGGCAGUCGCGCCGUCGCAGGAGACGCUCGCGAAUCGCGACGAGGUCGACGUCUGCGUCGCCGAGGUUGCCGCCGCGAAGCUGCAGGGGUCGCUGGAGAAGACGAGCAGCCUCGUGACGAAGAGCGACGUUCAGCUGGACGUCGACAGCGACGAGAAGAAGAAACCUGCGGCGGGAGCAGCGGCCGACGACAGCGACAACGAGUUCGCGUUAACGCCGCGCGAGGCGCAGCGCCACAGUCACAAGCGCAGGAAGCCGAAGCCGAAGGGCAUUCCGCUGAAGCACGCCUGGGGCGACGCGACGGACGAGAGCGAGUACUCGCCGUCGCCGCCUGACGACGGCAAGCCGCAGCAUCACAGUCGCAAGCUUCUAGAUCCGCGCGGCGCGAGCAGCAUAUCAGACGAGAGCAUUAACAAAAGUCGCCACCAGACGGCGAAAAAGUUCUCGCGCUACGCGGGGACGUCGCCUCGGUCGCGACGUCGCGCGGAGAGUGCCUUCAGUCAGGACAACUACCAGCAGAUCAUGGAGGCAUAUCAACCGACGGAGGUGCGCACCAACUCGGCGGCCACUGCCAGCUACAAGCCCCAGAUGAUCCAUCCGACUUCGCAGCGAAUGGUGAAACUGUGGGAGAACAACAUGUGGUGGAAAUUCAAGUUCAAAGACGACAAGUCGCCCAACAACUAAAGCUGGCAUAACCCGAAUAAGUUAGUGGCACCCCUAUCAACAUUGCAUUUGCUGUUCAUGUAGUGAACGGGCAGAGAGGGAGUGAAAACGAACGCAUUGAUUAUUCGGGUUACAACUGGCACCACCUAUAAAAGCAUGAGCUCGAUACAUUUACGUCUGUGAUAACCCUCUCUCGUUGAACCCCAUGCGAUCUACCGGUUACGGAUGCCUACGACAGAAUAUCGUGAAUGAACGUGUUUUUAACAACGUCUUACGAAACCGGCAGAUCUAGAUUUUAUUAUGUUUUAUUAUUUGUACAGUUGCAUCAAAGUUGGAUAUAGUAUACGGAUGACUGGCUAUUCCCAUUUUUUACUGAAUGUAGUAAUCGUUUGAUUGUUCUAUAUAAGACCCAUUAUAAGAUGUUCAACAACAAAGGACCGCACUAAAAACCACAAUACUGUAAGCAAUAUUUGUCAUAGAAUUAGUGUAAGCAAUAAACUUCGAAUAAAAUU